ACUUAAACAUCAAACCACCGCCGUUACUCUGCCGCCCUUCCUCCUCCGUCACCGCCACCAUCUUCUCCCAAAACUUCCACCUUUAGAGAAGACAAUAAAGAAUAUGUCAAAUUCAGAUGAAAAUAUCCAAAAAGAAGACACCCAAGAACAACAAGAACUUACCUUUGAAGAACUCGGUUUAGACCCACGUUUAAUCCGUGCCUUAACCAAGAAAAACAUCCAAAAACCCACUCCAAUUCAACAAACUGGAAUCCCAUUUAUUCUUGAGGGUAAAGAUGUAGUUGCUAGAGCGAAAACCGGUUCUGGUAAAACAUUUGCUUACUUACUUCCAUUGCUUCAAAAGCUGUUGUCUGAUAGUAAUCUUGCUUCAUCAAAAGCCUUAGCUCCUACUGCUAUGAUUCUUGUACCUUCAAGAGAACUUUGCCAACAAGUUUAUUCAGAGGUUUUGUCAUUGAUUGAGUUGUGUAGAGUGCAGUUGAAAGUUGUUCAGCUGACUGGUGAACCUAGUUUUUCUGAAAUGGCGACCGCGUUGUCAGGGCCUCCACAUAUACUGGUUUCUACACCAGCUUGUGUCCAAAGGUGCUUGUCAUCAGGGGUUCUUCAGGCGAAAUCUGUUCAAGAUUCACUUUCGAUUCUUAUUCUUGAUGAGGCAGAUCUUCUUUUCACUUACGGAUACGAGAAGAAUCUUAAAGAUCUUAAGGCUCACAUUCCUAAAAAAUGUCAGUGUCUUCUUAUGUCUGCCACCUCAAGUGAUGAUGUUGAAAGUUUGAAGAAACUUUAUUUACACAAUCCCUAUAUUCUAACUUUACCAGAAGUUGGUGAUGGAAAAGAUGAGAUUGUGCCCAAAAAUGUUCAGCAAUACUGGAUACAAUGCGGUGAUCGAGAUAAGCUUCUUCACAUCCUUGCACUUUUGAAGUUGGAUCUUGUGCAAAAGAAAGUCUUGAUAUUUACAAACACGAUUGACACUAGUUUUAGGCUGAAACUUUUUUUAGAGCAGUUUGGUAUUAAAUCUGCUGUGUUAAAUGCUGAAUUGCCCAUAAACUCAAGGCUACAUAUUCUUGAGGGGUUCAACGCCGGGCUCUUUGAUUAUUUGAUCGCCACGGAUGAUAGUGACUCGAAAGAUAAGGAACAAGCUGAUGGAGAGAACCAGGCUGAGAGGAAAAAGUCCAAGAAACAUAAGAAGCGAAAGGUGGACUCUGAGUUUGGUGUCGUUAGAGGCAUAGACUUCAAAAAUGUUUACACGGUCAUAAAUUUUGAUAUGCCUGCAACUGCUGCGGGAUACGUACAUCGAAUCGGGCGAACCGGAAGAGCAUAUAAUACAGGACAAUCUGUUUCGAUUGUUUCGCCUGAUGAAAUGGAGAUAUUUGAUGAAAUUAAGUUGUUUUUGGGAGAGGAUGAAGAGAAGAACUUGACAUAUAUUGCUCCAUUUCCACUUCUGGAAAAGAAUGCAGUGGAGUUCUUACGAUACAGGGCUGAGGAUGUUGCAAGGAGUGUGACAAAAAUUGCUGUUAAAGAAGCACGAGCUCAGGAUCUACGCAGAGAAAUUCUCAAUUCUGAGAAGUUGAAAGCUCAUUUUGAGGAAAAUCCCCGCGACUUAGAUCUUUUGAAGCAUGACAAACUUUUAAGCAAGAAAGCUCCUGCACCUCAUCUACGGGAUGUGCCAGAGUAUUUACUAGAUUCCACAACUCAACAAGCAAGCAAGUUUGUCAAACUCACGAGAGCCGCUAUGGGAAGAACUAAUAACAAUAACCCCAGAGGAAACAAGGGCAGAUCCAAGAAAGCCGGAGAUCCGCUCAAGACCUUCUCUGCACAAGCUAAAGGAAUGAAGAGGACGUCCAAAGACAAGGGGUUUGGGCCAAAACAGAAAAAGAAGCAAGCUGUAUGAUUUGUUUUUACUGCUUUAUAGCAACUGUAAAGCCUCGGGGUUUUAGUUCACCACAAUUUUGUAGCAUUAUUGACAUCUGAAACCAUAUAUAUGUGGAUCAUUAAGGUUUGCUUUUCUAGAUUUUUACAUCUUAUUGACUUACCAUAUGAUAAUAUUAAUGCCACCAUAAUCACUUGUGUUAA